GGAUAUAUAUAGCAGCAAUAUGGUCAUCUUCCUCUUAAUUUGUGUCCUUCCAAGCAUAUAUGGGGCAUCGAAUCAUCGAUGCAAGUUGCAUGACAUAUAUAAAUGUUAUGCUAGAGUUUCGAGUUCAAUUUUUACAACAACCAUAAUGCCUGGCUCCACCAUGAAAUUCUUGUAAUUAAGGAUAUAUAGUUAAUAAUUGUUAGUAUCAUUAUCGAUGAUGGUUUCAAACACGCGAUCUUUUUGUUGAAACUGAUUAUCUCCAUCAGAGUUUGCUUGGUUUGAUAUAACUGCUAAGUAUAUAGUACUUCAAUGGAUAAAAAGGUGAUUAUUUUUGUGGCUGCAUGAAUAUUAAUGUCACAGUUUUAGAAAGAGCUACAAUUGUUUCACACCAAAUGUGGCUAAAGAUCUCUACUUUUGUCAGGUUUUUACCUUUGUGGCACCAUAUAUAUCCUUGCCUACAACUUAUGAUUUUACUGAAAACUUGUAAAAUAAAAGACCCCAAGUUUUGCCAAUAGUGGAAAAAUUACUGGAAAAGGAUGGCAAGGAGAAGAAGAUGAAAGAACAAGAGGUUUGCACCCUUGACGGGACAGUCGACCGACACGGUCGCCCUGCAGACAGACGAAAAACUGGAACAUGGGUUGCUGCAAUUCUUAUUCUUGUGAACCAAGGACUUGCUACGUUGGCAUUUUUCGGGGUAGGUGUGAACUUGGUUUUGUUUCUCACAAGAGUGAUGGGCCAAGGCAAUGCCGAUGCCGCCAACAGUGUCAGCAAAUGGACUGGAACUGUCUAUCUCUUCUCCCUUCUCGGAGCCUUUCUCAGUGAUUCUUAUUGGGGAAGACACAAAACUUGUGCCAUCUUCCAAGCCAUUUUUGUCAUUGGUUUGGUGUCAUUAUCCCUGUGCUCCUAUGCUGUCCUGGUCAAGCCUGCUGGCUGUGGGGAUGAUCAAACCCCGUGUGGGUCCCACUCGACGUUUCAUAUCGCACUGUUCUACCUGUCAAUUUACCUAGUUGCCCUUGGAAAUGGAGGGUACCAGCCCAACAUUGCAACAUUUGGGGCAGACCAAUUUGAUGAAGAGGACCCUAAGGAGGGGCAAUCCAAAGUGGCUUUCUUUAGCUACUUCUACUUGGCCUUGAACCUCGGGUCACUCUUUUCGAAUACCAUACUCGGAUACUUUGAGGAUGAAGGGAUGUGGGCUCUCGGAUUUUGGGCUUCUGCCGGCUCUGCCACCUUGGCAUUGGUGUUGUUCCUUGUUGGAACCCCUAGGUACAGGCAUUUUAUUCCUAAGGGCAAUCCCUUCUCCAGAUUCUGCCAAGUUGUGGUUGCUGCAGCCAGAAAUUGGAAGGCUGAGAUCCCCACAAACGAAAAGGAUCUAUUUCAGGUCGACGGGAAGGAGUGUUCCAACAAUGCCGGCAGAAAAAUAAGCCAUACCAGUGGAUUCAAAUUUCUAGAUAAAGCAGCAAUUAUCACAUCAAAGGAACAGUAUCUACAAGGAGACGACGCUCACAAUCCAUGGAGAAUCUGCCCUGUGACACAAGUGGAAGAAGUGAAAUGCAUACUUAGGCUUCUCCCAAUUUGGCUGUGCACAAUCCUCUAUUCUGUAGUCUUCACUCAAAUGGCCUCUCUGUUCGUGGAGCAAGGCGCCGCCAUGAAUACCAGGAUAUCAAGGUUCCAAAUUCCUCCGGCGAGCAUGUCGAGCUUCGACAUCCUCAGCGUCGCAGCUUUCAUCUUCAUCUACCGGCGGGUCCUCGAUCCCCUUGUUGCCAUGCUGCGAUCAAAGUCCGGCCACAGGGGCCUGACCGAGCUGCAAAGAAUGGGAAUCGGCCUGGUGAUAGCCAUCCUGGCGAUGGUGGCCGCCGGCACGGUGGAGCAUUUCCGGCUAAAGCAGGCGAACCAGACCUGCAGGAGCUGCGAGGGGUCGAGCUCGCUGAGCAUCUUCUGGCAGGUUCCACAGUACGUGCUGAUCGGAGCGUCGGAGGUUUUCAUGUACGUGGGGCAGCUGGAGUUCUUCAACGCGCAGACGCCAGACGGCCUGAAGAGCUUCGGCAGCGCGCUGUGCAUGACGUCCAUAUCUCUGGGGAACUACGUGAGCAGCUUGCUGGUCACGAUCGUGAUGAAGAUCUCGACGGCCGACCGGAUGCCAGGCUGGAUCCCCGGCAACCUCAACCACGGCCACCUCGACAACUUCUACUUCCUCCUGGCGGGCCUGACGGCGGCCGACUUUGCUGUGUACUUGGUCUGCGCGAAGUGGUACAAGUACAUCAAGUUUGAGGGAAACCGCGCCGGAAACAAUGUCGACCAGCUGAUAGUAUGACAUGGCUAUGGCUACGAGCUUUAAUUAAUUACUGGUGAUCCUGUAACAGUACGUGGAGAAUGGUUCAUGGUUGGGGUGGGUGUAUGGGUCUUUGGGGCUUGCAAUGAAGCCAGAGAAAUAGGGUUGAUGAUGUUCAUUUCUCUGGGUUGAGCAGGCUGCUAGCUUAGCUCAUUUUCUGUACAUGGAUCGAGAUGGGGCUUUCUUUUAUCAUCCGUGGAAUAUUAAAUCUUAAUUAAUUAAUCAUAA